AUGGCUACUUAUAACUCUCAAUUCCAGGAAGAGACAAGGAAAAACAACAAGAACACAACUGCGUCAAUCAGAAAUUUGGAGGUUCAAGUGGGUCAGAUAGCACAACAUCUAUCUCUACAGGCACAAAGUACUCUUCCGAGCUCAACUGUGAUAAACCCGAAAAAUCAAGAGAAUGUGAAUGUUGUCACAACACGAAUCAAGAAGAGAUCGGAAUCUGAAAAAGAUGAUGAAACAGAUGACAAUAUGGUCAUAGAGGUGGACUUGGAAGUGAGGGAAACUGAGAAAACAACCAAAGAAGUCGUGACACUAGUAGAGCCAAAUGAAGAAAAAAUUAAAAAAGAGGUUAAACCGAUGAUCAAAAAAUUUAUGAAAGACGUAAUUGCAAAGAAGAAGCCAACGGGAGAUGAACAAAAGGGAGUAACUGAAAAGUGCGAGAGAAUCUCACCGGAAAGGAGAAUCCCAAUUAAGAAGAAAGAUCCUGGAGCGGUUGCAAUACCAUGCACCAUCAACGACAUAAAUUUUCCCAAGGUUUUGAUCGAUUCAGGUGCUAGUGUGAGUUUGAUGCCUUUAUCCAUUUUCAAAAAGCUGGGUAUUGGGACAGUAAGGAAAAAAGGAACAAAGCUGAAAUUUGCGGAACACACCAUCAAACAAGCGUACGGGGUGGCUGAAGACGUGUUGGUGGAAAUUGACAGAUUCAUUUUUCCAGUGGAUUUUGAGAUCAUGGAUAUUUCGGAAGAUGAAGAAACACCUAUCAUUCUGGGUCGACCAUUCAUGCUUACUAGUGGAUGCAACAUUGACAUUGAAAUAGGUGCUCUGACCCUGAAAUAUUUUGAUGAUAAGGUAACCCUAAAAGUGUCUGACAUCAAGAAACAGAGUGAAGGAAAGGAACAUCAACCUACAGUUGACAUGAACAAACUUGGAGAAGGGAUGAAAAGUUCAACACCAAGUCCAGAAAAAGUUUCAGCCACAGUAUCCAAUAAGGUAUCCUAUGAAGCUUUUAUUCCUAAGUUCACGCCCAAGGUGAAGGCUAGAAAGGGUGACAAGGUUGGAAGUGACAAAAAGCACAAAGUUUCCCGAAAUUUUAAGCUUCAUGAAUUCUUGGUUGCUGAAAGGAAAGGAGACAAGGUGUGGAAGAGGAAGUACCCUCCCUAA